AUGGGUGGGGUUCAGGCGGUGAGGUUGAAGAAUGUCCCACAGGACGGCGAUGAGGCAGUUGUUGCUGGUAAAAAACGGUUGGUCCAGGUGCGGAAACAACGUUUGCCACUGCAGUUGCGGUGUGAAGUGCCGAAAUCGGUACUAGCCAUAAUGGCUCGAAUCAGUGAUGAACAGCAAGCAGAUGUUAGAUCAAGGGAGAUGGAUUACCACGUCGCAUUGAUACGACUAAGGAACAUUUUGAAGUACCACAUCGAGGCCUUCGACGUGCAUCGCUUCCUUGAUAACCUCACAGUGAAGAAUGCUAUAAAUAUGAAGGAUGAGGAGCAGAUAAAGAAGAUGAAAGAUCACGAAGAGAAGAUAGAUGCAGUUUUCUAUAUUUUAUUUAAGACGGAUAACAUGUCAGCAUACAACUGUGUUCUGAAGAUUCUGAAAGAAAUACAAAGAGACGAUAAUUGGGAUGCCAUGAAGAAAUGCAUGACUGAUGGGAAGAUGAAGAAAUGUCUGGCCCGAUCAAGACUUCUUCCUCCAGACAUUCCGAUACUACCAAAGGAGGAAGAUUAUAUAGUUGUCCUUUUGGUGAAACUAGUGGGAAACAUCAAUCCAAAGACUUUCCAGGAAUUUCUGAAAGUUUUGGAUGAAGCCCAGCAGGAUGACCUAGCGGGAAAACUUCGAGAUCAAUACCGCAUUAGGAAGAUGGCAGCUCCUCUGCAACAAGUACAGGCGAAAUUUGAGGACAUGAAGCAUGAAAGGAUGCUGGCGCAGUGCACGGGAUUUGGGAAGAGUAGAAUCCCAGCCCUACAAGUACUAUAUCUUCUCUAUCCUAAAAGGAAGAGAGCUCCUUUGAACAUCUACUCCUCCUCCCGAGGUUCCGGUAUGGGAGGAGGAAGCAGUAGGAAAGAGAAUACACCAGCCUCUGAAAACAUGAGCAAAGGGAAGGCCUUGGAAGGAGAAAAGCCAACACCUGACUCUGCUCGUUUGAAAGCUGCCAAAGCAAGUCGAUCAGCAUUUAUUGAGAAGAAGAUAGACAUUGGGAAUGGACAAGAGGUCCUUCUGGCAGUGGAGUGGACACACUCGAGCCUCGUCCCUAGGAUGCGUCAAAGGAGGAGGGUCGGCGCUACUUAG